UAUUCAUUCGAUGGUUGAUAAAGCUAAAUCACUUGGAGAUACGCCAUCGUAUGAGGACUUAUACAUGUUUAGAAAGAUGGUGCGGGAUCAAAGUUCUGAUUGUUUGAGAUAUGUCCAUGAGGCCGACAGGAUUCAAGUAUCAGCCGAUUAUAGAAGAGAUGAGGUACAACCUGAUCAGUUACGUUCUCCUAUUCGUAGGCGAGGAAAAGACGGUGUUGCUGGAAGAAGAGAACGUGCUAUUGUGAGAAACCAAGUUCCUGAUUAAAUGAAUGAAAUGGAUGAAUCAAUGAAAAAUUCCCAAAUAGGUUUAGAAGAUGAUCAAACAACAACUAAUCAUGAUUUUGGUUCCACUUCAAUGGGUUGCACUCAGGAAUUCACUCAGGCAUCAGGUAUGACAUAUCAACAUACAGAGAUUGUGCCAUAUAUGACUCUACAGACUCCACAAAUAUCAAGGUAUCCAAGUCUUUUAUCACUUGAUAAUAUAUUUGGUGGUUAUCCGCCUCAACAUUUUAAGAGUGCCCCAAACUUUACCUCAUCACUUGUGCCAAUGUUUAUUGAUAUCCCAAAUGCCAUUAAUAAUUUGGAGAACUCGAACACUGAGAUGAAAGAUAAUGAGUUGGAUGAUACCAACAAUGAAGUGAAUGGUAAUGAUCCGAAGGAUACAAGUACAGGUUGUGAGAUGACUAUUCAGCAUGAUGAACUAUCAAAGAAAGAGAAGCGUAAAAUUAUUGCUAAGCUUUGUGGGACAGGGAGUCACUAUGCUUACCAGCAUGCCGAAAAGGAAAAAACAAAAAAGAAGAAAAGCAAAACAAAAAAAGGCAAAGAGUAAUGGAGUUAUGUUGGACUCUUCCUUCUUCCAUUCCCUUGUAUCUGAUCUAGUCAUCACUU